UUAGUCGGAACUGAAUAGAACGAAGGUACCACUGUAUUGCCAGACUGACUGAGGUAUUGGGAUAAUGAUCUCCCUCCCCUCCGCUUUGGCUCCACCUCUGCUCCCAUUUGUUUGGGCUCUUCCCUUCCACUGAGAAACAGUCCGCACGUUGCACACCCCCUCACACGGUCCCUGCUGCCUGCGCUGCUGCUGCUUGCGGGACACCUUGGCAUUAUAGCAGUAGGCAGGGCAAGGGGGGAACAUGUACAAGCCCUGUUAGCUGCAUCCGUACAGGGCACAGGCGAGUCAGCCUCCAGCUGUAGGAGUGUUGGCAGACACGGAGACCUACUAUUACUUCCCGGGAAGCUCUGGCUCCGUGCACUUUCACAGGGAGCAAGUUUUGUCGUCAGAGAGGCACUGGGCAUCGGACUGGGCGCCGCUGGAAGGGGAUAUACCCGGGCUGUGGCUGGACUUGGUGCCUCCCUGUAUAUUUUACGUGCGCAAGAAGACUAUUGCGACCGGAUCGGGGAGACCCUGGAGUGGAGACGCUAAGCGAUGCAUUUAUCCCGGAUCCCCAGCGGAGCAGCGUUGGCUGCGCUACUCGUGGCUCUGCUUCUCUGCUGCAACUUUCCUCCUUCUGCCGCAGGAAUUGAAUACAGUGAUGUCCUACCAGACUCCUUCCCAUCAGCCCCAGCAGAGUCCUUGCCACAUUUCCUGUUGGAACCAGAGGAUGCCUAUAUUGUAAAGAACAAGCCUGUAGAAUUGGUAUGCAAAGCAAACCCAGCCACACAGAUCUACUUCAAGUGCAAUGGGGAAUGGGUCAACCAGAAUGACCACAUCACCAAGGAAAGAGUGGAUGAAGUGACAGGCCUCGUGGUACGAGAAGUCCAGAUUGAGGUCUCCAGGCAGCAGGUAGAGGAACUUUUUGGCUUGGAAGAUUACUGGUGCCAGUGCGUUGCUUGGAGCUCAGCAGGAACCACCAAGAGCAAAAGAGCUUAUGUCAGAAUUGCCUAUUUGAGGAAGAAUUUUGACCAGGAACCGCUGGGCAAAGAGGUAGCUUUAGAACAGGAAGCGUUACUUCAGUGCCGUCCCCCAGAAGGCGUGCCACCUGCUGAGGUGGAGUGGCUAAAAAAUGAAGAAAUCAUUGAUCCUACAAAAGACACUAAUUUUCUCAUUACAAUUGACCACAACCUCAUAAUUAAACAAGCUCGCCUUUCAGACACUGCCAACUACACCUGUGUUGCUAAGAACAUUGUCGCUAAGCGCAGAAGUACCACAGCAACUGUUAUUGUAUUUGUUAACGGAGGAUGGUCUUCUUGGACAGAAUGGUCCCCGUGUAACAAUCGAUGUGGCCAUGGCUGGCAGAAAAGGACAAGAACAUGCACCAACCCAGCUCCACUCAAUGGUGGCACAAUGUGCGAGGGGCAACAAUACCAAAAAUUUGCUUGCAACACUAUGUGCCCAGUGGAUGGAGGCUGGACUGAAUGGAGCAAGUGGUCAGCCUGCAGCACUGAGUGCACACAUUGGCGAAGUCGAGAAUGCAAUGCACCCACACCAAAGAAUGGAGGGAAGGAUUGCAGUGGCAUGCUGUUGGAUUCUAAAAAUUGCACUGAUGGGUUAUGCAUGCAAAACAAAAGAGUUUUAGGUGAAACAAAAAGCCAUUUGCUAGAAUCUACAGGGGAUGUGGCUUUGUAUGCUGGCCUAGUUGUUGCCAUUUUUAUCGUCAUCAUCCUACUCAUGGCUGUGGGCAUAGUGGUUUAUCGACGCAACUGCCGAGAGCUUGACACAGACAUUACAGACUCAUCAGCUGCCCUUACUGGAGGGUUUCAUCCAGUCAACUUUAAAACCUCUAGACAUGAUAAUUCCCAUCUUAUUCACCCUGCUAUGCAGCCAGAUUUAACUGCAAAUGCUGGCAUCUACCGUGGUCAUAUGUACGCCCUGCAGGACUCUGCAGAUAAAAUUCCCAUGACCAAUUCUCCCUUACUGGAUCCUCUACCAAACCUGAAGAUUAAGGUUUUUAAUUCAUCUACAGUUGGCUCCAGUCCUGGGAUACAUGAUGGGAAUGACCUGCUUGGGGUAAAGCCCACUGGCACCUACCCAUCUGAUAACAACAUAAUGAAUGCAAGAAAUAAAAAUAUGAGCACUCAGCAUCUGCUCACAUUACCUCGGGACUCUAGUAACAGUGUAACAGGGACAUUCGGAAGCCUUGGUGGGAGACUAACAUUUCCUAACACUGGUGUGAGUUUAUUGAUUCCUCAAGGGGCAAUUCCACAGGGAAAAUACUAUGAAAUGUACCUAAUGAUCAACAAGCGAGAAAACACUGUUUUGCCUUCAGAAGGGACACAGACCAUUUUGAGUCCCAUAAUCACUUGUGGUCCCACCGGACUUCUACUAUGCAAGCCAGUUAUCCUAACAGUUCCUCACUGUGCAGAUAUUGCCACAUCGGACUGGAUUUUACAGCUGAAGACCCAAUCACAUCAAGGCAACUGGGAGGAGGUUGUGACACUGAAUGAAGAAACUCUUAAUACUCCAUGUUAUUGUCAGUUGGAAAGUCACUCCUGCCACAUUUUGCUUGACCAGCUGGGCACCUAUGCUUUUGUGGGAGAGUCCUACUCUAAAUCGGCAGUAAAGAGGCUUCAGCUUGCUAUAUUUGCACCUAUGCUCUGCACCUCCCUGGAAUACAAUCUUAAAGUAUACUGUGUAGAAGACACGCCUGAUGCAUUAAAGGAAGUACUUGAAUUGGAAAAGACUUUGGGAGGAUACCUUGUAGAAGAUCCAAAGCCACUAAUGUUUAAGGACAGUUACCACAAUUUACGACUAUCCAUCCACGAUAUUCCCCACUCAUUGUGGAGAAGCAAACUGUUGGCUAAAUAUCAGGAAAUUCCCUUUUAUCAUAUCUGGAGUGGGAGCCAGCGCACAUUACAUUGCACAUUCACACUGGAGAGGUACAGCCUGGCAGCCACAGAACUAACAUGCAAAAUCUGUGUAAGGCAGGUUGAAGGAGAAGGACAGAUAUUCCAGCUACACACUUCGCUAGAAGAGAAUGUCAAGUCAUUUGACCCGUUUUGUUCACAUACUGAAAACAGUGUGACUACUCAGCUGGGACCAUAUGCCUUCAAAAUUCCAUACUCAAUCCGUCAAAAAAUUUGCAACAGUUUGGAUGCCCCUAAUUCCAGAGGAAAUGACUGGAGGCUUCUGGCACAAAAGCUUUGCAUGGACCGAUAUUUAAACUAUUUUGCUACCAAAGCAAGUCCCACAGGAGUUAUCUUGGACUUAUGGGAAGCCUUACACCAAGAUGAUGGUGACCUCAACACUCUGGCCAGUGCCUUGGAGGAAAUGGGCAAAAGUGAGAUGAUGCUUGUAAUGGCAACUGAUGGGGAUUGCUAAUGACUUCAUUGCUCAAUUGAUAUGAGUUGUUCUUUGAAAGACAAAAUAGGUUGGUGGAGGAUGUCUUCUGGCCCAUUAACAAGAGACAUUUGUGGUCCUGGAUUAUUCUGGAUAACUCAGAACUACAGUUCAGUAAGGAGAUGGGCAUGCUCCUUAAAGUCCAAUCGCAACCAGCCUUAGAAAUUCUUAAAAACUCUGUUUACAAGCCAUUCAAGUGUCUACUGGAAUAUAUUAUUGCCCUCAUUACUUACAUAAAGGCCUGCAUAAGAAGAAGGCAUCACUGGUAUCAUGAUAACUGCUGGCAGAUGUGUUCCACCUUAACACACUAAGCUUUUAAGACUUUAUAAUGUUAUAUUUUCUAAUUUUUCUUUGUCCAUUAUCAUUUGUUUCUAAUCAUCCAAAACAAACUGCUUUUUUCCUAUCCAGACUUGGAACAGCCUAAAUGAUAUGGCAAAUGGUUUCCUAGGAAACGCAGCAUUAUUUAUUAUCCAGAUCUUUGGAUGAAUUUUUGUUUUAUAUAUGAAAUGACAAUACUUCUGAGUGUAUGAUUCCAUGAGGGCUGGUAAGGAAGAUAGAUAGGCUUUUUAGUUCAACAUCUCAUUUUAAAUCCUUUAGAAUACGGGCACUCAUUAACAGGGAGGGAGUGGUGUUACACUGGUAAUCAGCUAAACUAUGUUCCUUUGAGCAUGCGUCAAUGGAGAAAUGUUCCCUAAUUUUCCAUUUAUAAUGCCUGGCUACAAACCCUACACAGCUCAGGGAGAUAAUUCAUCAGACUUGCAUAAAAGAGCUAGUCAAUGAGCAAGAGUACCUUUUUUUAUUGCAAGGAAAGCAUCCUAAUUGAACACCAUGAUAAUUAUGUUUUUAGAGCUUUCAAAGGAAAAUGAGGAAACCUUCAAAUGUUUUCCCUAAAAAGAUAUAUUGUUUUUAAACUAGUAGGAGAGGAGCAAACAUAUGAUGUGGGUUUUCUCCUCCUGCUUUAUUUGCGGGACUUAUUAUUUGGAGUCAGAAACAUAUGUACUACUAUGAACAAAGACACUGGCAUUGCUUCAGAAGCAUGGACCUUGGUUAACAUAAUGGUGUAUGUUUCAAUUUAAAGGGCCCUCAAACAACUUCUGUUUUGUAUAGAUAUUCACUAGUCCCACCUGUUCAGCAAUUUCAAGACCAGGAUGGAUGUAUUUUCGUAGUCAAAAGAACUUCAUUGUCACUGAUACAUAACUGUGCAGGACACUUCUGGAAACACUACCUUUUACACUGCUAGAUCUUUGAAUAAAUGUAGUUAUGAGAACUAGCCCUGUGUGUAGUCCAGCUAAUUACCCUGAUAGGCAGUCAGAACAGUAUUAUAAGGCUUUUUUCUAUAUUCUCAUCGUUGAGCUAUUUCAUUUAUACUUACAGACAGAGGUGACGAUGGAGAUGUAACUAAAGUACAUUGAUGUAAAGCUCAAAACCUGUUUUUAAAAUAUAGACUUUUCAUGAGAGGGAAAUGUUUUAAAGGUGUUAUAUUUUUUUAAAGGACUUGCAAGUUUCCAUCGCUGAUCCUCAUCUAAUUCUUCUGUCAAACUUAUUUAUAGGAGGAGGCAUACAGCUACUUUUCAUUUGAGUAGGCUCUUCUCUCAGGGUUCAGGCAGUCAGUUGCAACGCUUGCUUGCAGGAAGGGCCUACAAUCUGUUGUCUGCAGGCCUUACAAGUGUACAAGACAAAAGGAAGACACAAAUAAUUCAGGUUCUCUUUCUCUCAGGGGCUUUUGGGAAAGUGUGAUCAAAGAUUUUACUUCUGUGGUAUGUUCUUUAAAUUGUUCAUUUCAUGAUUUUCUACAUUUGACUUUGCCCAUUAAUGAAAAAAUGAAAUAGCAAAAAGACCCUUUAAAGACUUCUGAUUUCUGACUUCAGAUUUCUGCUAUGUCUUUGUGGUAAGUUAGGAUAAAGGUUUUUAGAAAUAUGUUCCAUGUCCAUAUAGAGGGCUCUCACACUAUAUACCUUGGUCUAACCCAAACACAUUGACUCAUGUGGGUUGCCUGAGUGCUGUUGCAUGACUGCCAAAGAGAUCAUGGUUUGCAGAUGUUGUUCUGCUGAUUAUUAUUCAGUUACCAAAAAAAAACCAAUGCAUAUGGUAUAUGUCUGUGUGUUGAUCACUUAUCAGUACGUACCUCAAUGUUAUGCUUAUUCCAGUAAGAAAAUAUACUAGUUAUGGCAGUAGGACCUAUAGCCUUCUUGACACUCUCCAUAAUCCUUUUGCCCUAAGUCUGAAUUCAAUUUUGGUGAUGUCAUUUUCAACUCUUGUUAAACGUCAAAUUCUACUACAGAGCCCCUCUCAUCUAAGGUGUUCUCUAAGACUAUUACUAAUGCAAGGGGCCUUGACACCGAAGUGCCUUUCCAUUGAUCUUUUAAUUUAACCCAUGACUUUAUUGCCUGUGUUAUAAAUAGCUUGAUAUUUUUUUACUGUUACUUUCUAAGUUGGCCUAGAUAGAUCAAAUGGAGUUUAGUUUUGGGGCACUGAGAUUUGUUUUGUAUUUUAAUUUAGGCUAACUCCUAUUUUAAGGUUCUGGGCUGUUUAUAAGAUAUCCAAAUGCUGGCAAAGGCUAAUUGUAUGGUAAUGCAAUGGUAGGUUAUGAUGUACCUGUGGGAAUAACAUUUUGUGUGCCUUUCUAAAAACAAAAUUGUGUUUGCUCCCCAAUACACUAGUGUAUUUUGUAUGCUGAUGUCUUUUAUAUGUUGGGGAGCUUUAAUUGAUCAGUUUAAGAGUGUGUGUAAAAAAAGCCAGCACUCGAUGAACGCAACUAGUUAUUACUCGCUGCGUGUUAGUCGUCUUUUUGUUCCCUUUGCAGUAAUCGCUGUAGAAGCAGCGUGCUGUCCGCAGUAAUGCUUAUAUAUAAUAUAUGCACAAGUUUUUAAUGCAGAUCAUUUUCAUGUCAUUUAUUUUUCACACACUGACAUGUUCUGAAACCAUCAUUUGAUCAAUAAAUGAUAUUGAAAAACGGGACCUGUAAGGACUAGUCUUCUAGUUAUAAGGGAUAAAUUAGCUAUGCUUCUGAUGCACAAAUAAGUUUAAAAAAUAUAAUUUUGCUAAAAUUAAUUUUGAGACAACAACAUAAUGUUGGAAACUAAAAUUGCAAGCCAUUAUUACAUCAGGAAAAUAGGGAUAACUGCUGUACACAGUGGUAUUUGGUCUAUAAGUGCUAGUAAAUUCUUCUCCAGCUCUUUAUUGCAGUGUUUCCCAACCAACCUGUGUGGCUGCUCACCCAAUGGCACCCAGCCUGAAUGCCAAUUUUCGAGACAAUGCUUAUUUUCUAUAUUUAAUACUAUUGUCACCACUUGGUAAAAUGAAGUUUUAAGCAGCAGAGAAAUAGGGGCACACAUACGUAUAACCCAAGUAAGCGUAGCUUGCACAUUUUUGGUCGAAUAGAGCAUUAAUUAUGUGACUAUUUGAUCAUUAGCACCCUUUUACCACAAUAUUUAUAAAAUAAUAUUCCUUCAUAAUGCUUUGUUGUUUUAUUUUUAAUGCAUGUGGUUUCAUUUAGGACUCGUAAAUCACAAGUGGAAGCACAGCAAAGGUUAUUAAAAUGGAAAACUGUUUUUGUUUAGAGACAAGCAUAUAUGAAGCAGAAUUUGCGUAAAUAAUAUGCAAUCCCUUGCUAAAUAUAAAUGGAUGUGUGGCAUCUUAAGCAAAAUUUGCAAUAUAACAGCGACACCAGCUAGAAUUUUGUUGCACAGAACAACUGGAAUAGCAAUAGCCCUACAUUAGGAGUCAUUUACAGCCUUGGAAGGCAAACACAGCCUGCAAUGGAACCCUGUACUUACCACCCGUACUGCUGGUGGGAGGUGUAGAACACUGCCAGACCCUGGGUAGAAGUGCUCACUGCAUGAGAAUUAUGGGGUGCACUCUUGCACCACUUAUGGCUUUUGUACUUUUGCCCAAGGUCUUUGUAAAUGACCUCUCCGAACCAUUUUAAACUCAGUUAGUACCGUUGUACAAAAAAAAAAAUUAAAGUUAUAGUAAUAUAUUUAGGUAUUUUUCACCAGAAGGCAAUUUAUAUUUUUAUUUUUUGCCUGUUAACAGUAACUUGGAAAUACUUCCACUGUCUUUAAUUCUGUAUAAAGUCAGUAUUAUAUAUUGACCAGAAAGGUCCAUGGCUCUACAAACUGUCUACAAUUAUUUAAUCCACAAGACAUUAAAGAAAACAAAAGUUGGGAAUAAGUUGGGGUAAUAAGUAAAAUGGGCAACCACUCCUACAAUAAUAAAAUGACAUUCAUAGCAUAGAGUUAUAACUUCAUCCUCAUUUUGGUCAGAGUCUCUUCUACAGUAUUUGUAAAAGAUUAAGUAGUAGUGUUACGUGCCUCCUGCAUUUAGCAUUUAUGAGGGUUGGCAUAGAAUAAGAGGCCAAAGUGCUCACAAACUGGCAUCCUCUUGCUUUGGACAAAGAAAAACAAAGGUUGCUGCUGUUGGUUAGAAGCUGCAAAGUCCCAAUAAACCAUAUACAGAGGCAAAUAUAUAAUUUGUUGGAUGUUUUCCUCAUAUUUAUAAAUGUGUUACUGAAUCAGCCUGAAGAUUCUGCAUUAAAACUUCAAGGCUUUCAGACCACAACUUUGCAUAUGUCCUCCCAUGACCAGACUAUGCCAUAAUCUCCUUGCAUUAAAUAAAGGCAGCAAAGCUGUUUCCAAGGGCCAUGGUCUGAUUACACUGUCAACAACAACUGCUAGAAGUAGCUGCAAGAAAGGCAGCACCAUGUAAUGCAGAAACAACAUUAAGAAAACAAUUAGAAUUGACAGCUGGCCAUGGGCUUUUCUCAACCCAGUUAGAUUGAACACAAUUUUUUGUGACUUCCCACAUGAUCCAGCGACCAGUAGACUCUAGCCUCCUUUGCCCAACACUGAUUUAAUUGAACGUGUAACCAGGCAACCCUUUUGAUGUACUUGUUCUGGCAUAUGAUGCAUAGAUCUUUCAUUGAAAUGCUUCUCUUCAUCCAUUCUUGCAUUUAGAAGAUUAUCAGUGUAUUCUAAUGCCUUCUGUUUCAUGCUCUUACACCCUUCCCGUAGGUGCUAGGAUAUUUUAGUUAAGUGGGAAAGCUUGGUAGAAGUGAUAAGGAGAUAAUGCGAGGGAUUUGAAACUUUCUGACAAGUCAUUAAUGCUUGGGCUUGCAAUUGCGUUAAUACUAUAAUUAUGCAUUUGGCUUGAAUUCUUGGUGUGUAGUAUUCCUGUGGAAAUACAAAGAGUUAUAAAGCAUUAUGAGCAUUCCUAUGGUAAUGCUUUUUCAGAUGUCUAAGGAAAUUUGCAAAGCCUUGCAGCUGUCUCUUCAUGGUUUUGGUUCCACAUUAGCUAAAAAGGUUUGCUUGGUCAGACAAUUUCAGUUCAUCUUCUGGUGUGGUUUAUGCUGCUCUUCUUUCUUUCAAUGUGUUUAGUGUUGAACAGUUUUUUCUUUAUCACCAUAUUAUGUAGCUUUUAAUUCAGCUGGAACCUUAGUCUUUAUAUGUAUGAGCACCGAAAAGCCAUUCGGCAUAUUCAAGUCCCUGAUUUCAUUGACAAUGAAUGCAUUAGAUAAUGUAACCACACAGGAGAGGCAAUAUUGCCUGAUAGCAACAGUGUAAUGGCCUGAUUAUUAAACCUUACCAAUGAGGUCUAAAGGCCAAUUAAAACACUAUCUCUAUGCAUAUCAAUGCAUAGGAUUGCUGUUCUGCUUCCCAUACACAGAUCUACAAGCAUAACACAAGGUACAUAAGGGGUAGGGCAGCCCUAUAUAAAAAAUAAACACAUAAUGGAUCUGGGGCCAUAAGAUCGAUAGCUUAUAAGUAUUUAAUAAUGACAUGAAAAGUUACUGAUUCAGAUUCACCGUAUGCAUGGAAACCAAGGGAACAUGGGUCCUUUAAUCUAUUGUAGCAACUUUGGCUUUGGUUGUUUUGUUUUCAAUUUUACACUGUUGUAAUUGCCUCCCACAACAUUCUGUUUAAUUGGCAAGGGUCACUGAGGAUGAGUUUUAAUGUAGUGUUCAUUAUAUAUAUGCUGUGUUGUUUAAUAAAGAGUGCAAUGUUUGGGGUUCCAUCUGAAGAGUAUUAUACAUGUUGAUGGAGGUAAGAAUAUGGGUGCAGGAGCACAUCAGAUUUUUUUUUUCAAGGGUCUUCUUCCUUAGUGGUUCUUACAAAUCAAACUGGAAGACUAUUUAUCAAUGUGUUGGCCUUAGUAGCUAGUGUUCUGCAUAAGCUGCAAGGGAAUGUAACCACCAUAUUGAUGUAUUAAAAGUUAAAGGCAUACUGUCAUGAUUUGUGUGGUAUAUUUCAAAAUUAAAUGUAAAAAAACUGUUUUUGUUUUUAAAAAAUGGAUUUCAAUGCAGGAUUCUGCUGGAGAAGCUCUAUCAACUGAUACAUUUUGAAAAAAAACCAAAAAACACAUUUUCCCAUGACCGUAUUCCUUUAAGCUCUUUGGUUGCAGGCAUAUUAAGAGCGCUUGUAAAAAAAAAAAAAAACACUUUUGCAACACCAUUUUUGUUGAAAUAUUUUAAUCACAGCCUCUUAAUACAGAAACAGUGAUAUAUUUGCAGAGCUCUAUUUCUGACUUGCAGCAGUGUUAUUGGUGGCGCUUGUCGUAUCAAUAUGGCCACCAGUAAAGCUUAUGUCCUUGGGCAGAUGGACGGGAAACGUAGAGCUCUAACCAAGCAAAGGAAUCGGGAGUUGGAGACAUUUUCAUUUCUAUCAGGAUAUGUAGCGGCAACAAAGUAUUGUAUGCUUGUUUGAUAACUGUUCCAUGUCUCAGAUACAUUCUAUUUUCUCACAGUUUGUUUAUUAAAUAAUAUGUACUGUUUUGUCGGAAAAUCAUUGACAUUUUCUGUGUGCGUCUGGGUUUGGUGUUGGACUCUGACAGACGGAGGGAGUUUGAGACUUUCUGCCUCACCUGUUUUUCCAUUACGGCCUCUCCUUCAAACACCCGUCUGUCUGUUCUGUAAUUUACAAAUUGUAAAUAAUGUUUAGCAUUCCUAUUGU